CUCUCCUUUCUCUUUUGUGAGGGGCCAUUGCUCUGUCCAAAUAGGCUCAUCAUUUCUGGCUUCUUCUCCAGUUACACUACGGGAAAUAGCAACUUCCAGUCUAGCUAAAAAAUCAGCAUAGGCUUCAUUAGGCCCUUGUGAUAUCUUAGUGUAGCUACCUUUAGGUUCCCCUUGAGGAGUAAUUCAAUCCCAAGCUUCAAGGGCAACUUCUUUCAAUUGCUCAUGCAACAAAGGAGGGCAUUGUAUUUGAGCUUUCGCCGCAUCAAAUUGCCCUGUAUCCCUUAACAUUUCAAAAGUAAUUUGGUUUUGGGGGGCGCCAGCUCUAGCAUUAGAAUUGGCAUGAUGUCAGGCCACAUCAUGAAACCAUAUUGUCCAUUGAAAUUGAAAUUACCUUCAUCGAGGAACCAGGGAUUAUGUUCAACCACCAUUUGGAAACAAGGUUGACGUGAAACGGAAAGUCCUUGAACCUUAAAUAAAUGGUGAAGUAAAGUAGAAAAGUGGUGGGGCUUUCCAGCCAUUCGUCCCAUAACCCCGCACUUACCAACCUCCGUAGAUCCUAACAGUCACUCCGUCCGCUUGCCAAGGGCGUUCACUAGGUCCCUGUUUGGGCGCCACUUGUCACGGUCUUUAGACCAGGACCUGGGGACUGGAGUCGACGAGAAGAAGGACACAGGGGACCCAAGUCUCGAGUGAAACAAGGGUACUUGAUUUGUAGCAGCGUGUGCUUUAUAUAUCUCCAUACAAGGAAGCUUUAGGCAGCAAAAAUAAAGUUGAGCAAAAACAAAACUAGGCGAAUAACAAUCGUCACAGGGACAGAAGAAAAUCCAUAUCCUGAGUAAUAAGGAGGUGGCUGAAUAGAUUACGUUAAAGUAAAAGGUCAUUGAAGGGAAUCCACACAUGCGCUCUCUCUCAUGACCUCAGUCCUGAGACCUGCAUGCAGCUCUGCUGUUCCUAUUUUCCAGGAACUGAUAAGGAAUAGAGGCCCUUUAGAAAGAAAACACAAAAGAAGAAAACAACAUGUGGAUUCCUUAAAGUUGAACAUCCCCUGACAAUUGUGGUAUCAGAAGAGAGUCCAGGAUCACCAAACCAGUUUGGCAUCCCUGAUACCAUGUUCCUACAGGAAAGAGCUCUACCAUUUCCUCAGUGCCCUGCCUUAGCCAGAGAUGAAAGCCAAGGAAACCUGCCAGGAGCAAAACAUACAGUGAUGAGCCAGCCUCAAGAGUCAGUGACAUUUGAGGAUGUAGCUGUGAACUUCAGUUAUGAGGAGUGGCAGUGUCUGACCCACGCUCAAAGGCACCUCUAUACAGAUGUGAUGUUGGAAAAUUAUGGGAACAUGGUGUCACUUGGAUUUUCAUUUUCUAAACCUCCUUUGAUCUCCCGUCUGGAGCAAGGUACAGAGCCCUAUGUUCAGGAUCGACAGGACUGGGAGUUCCUGAACUGCUCCUAUCCAGCCGCCAAGACGUGGCCUGAGAAUGAGAAGGCAAGAUCAGAACAGGAGGUUUUUGAAAAUGGAGAAGUGUGCUGGGUGAAAUUUAGAAGUCUCCUAAAAGUUGUUUCCCAGGAUCCAGAGGUUGGAGAAGUUUGUGUACAAGAUGUCGAAUUAGAGAAUCAAUGGGAAAUGCCUGUGAGGGAGAAACGGAGAGAAAAGAAAGAAAGCUGUGAGAAAGUGACUUUUAGGAAAGGAAAGAACCAGAAGGGACUUAGAAAACACUUCAGUCCAAACUCAGAAUAUAUUCUGUAUGGAGUUCUUACAGAAAAGAAGCAGCAUGAAUGUACCCAAUGUGGAAAAAACUUCAGUUGGCAUUCUGACUUAAUUCUCCAUGAGCGAAUUCAUUCUGGUGAGAAACCCUAUGCGUGUAAUGAGUGUGGGAAAGCAUUCAAGACCAAAAAUCAACUUUCCAUGCACCAGAUAAUCCACACAGGGGAGAAACCCUUUAACUGUACCCAGUGUGGGAAGGCCUUCAGUAGUAGAUCCGCUCUUUGCCGACAUAAAAAAAUCCACAGUGGGGAGAAGCCACACCCGUGCGGUGACUGUGGGAAGGCCUUCAAGACCAGGUACUGUCUCAGGAUGCAUCAGAUCAUCCACACAGGAGAGAAGCCUUAUGAAUGCAGUGACUGUGGGAAGGCCUUUCAGUUUAAGCAUUCCCUCAUCAUCCACAACAGGAGCCACACUGGGGAGAAACCCUAUGUGUGUGAGGAGUGCGGGAAGGCUUUUAGUGGGAGUUCAGACCUCAUCAAACACACAAGAGUCCACACUGGGGAGCGACCUUAUGAGUGCAAUGAGUGUGGGAGGGCCUUCAGCUGGAGCUCAGACCUAAGCAAACACAGAAGACUCCACACUCAGGAGAAACAUUGUGGGUGCCCUCAGUGUGGAAAAGCCUUCAGCAACGAAGCAGAGCUCACCAAACAUAGAAGAAUCCACACCGAAGAGAAGCCUUACAAGUGUAAGGAGUGUGGGAAAGCCUUUCAUCAUAACUGUAAAUGCCGGGCUCAUGAACGAGGACACACCGGGGAGAAGCCUCAUCGAUGUGGGGAUUGUGGGAAAACUUUCCAAGAUCAGCACUGCCUUACCAUCCAUCAACGAAUCCACACUGGAGAGAAACCUUAUAAAUGUUCAGAGUGUGGUCGAGCUUUCAGUGGGAAAUCAAAUUUGACCAAUCAUCAGAGAAUCCACACCGGAGAGAAGCCUUACAGGUGUGAGGUGUGUGGAAAGGUCUUUCAUCAGAGCUCAGUCCUGAGACAGCACAAAAGAAUCCACACGGGUGAGAAGCCAUUUACCUGCCAUGAGUGUGGCACGUCUUUCCGUCAGAGCUCGGCCCUGAUUGGACACAAGCGAGUUCAUACUGGAGAGAAACCUUAUGUAUGUGAGGAGUGUGGAAAAGCUUUCAGAGUGAGUUCAAAUCUUACUAGACAUAAGAAAAGAAAACAUAGAGUGUGGGAAACCCACAAACUUGGGGAGAGUGGGAAAUCUCUCUCUCUAGUAACUGAUUCUCAGACCUUUUCAUUCAUAAAUAUUUUGACCACCAACACCUGAGAGUAGUGAUUCUGGUGUUUACACUUUCUCAUUUCUCCUUCUACUUCUUAUACUGAUCCCUCUUGUCUCCUGUGUUGGUUCUUCCUGGUUCCCUGACCUCUCUAAUUGUGAGAUCCCUCAAGCCUUUGUCCUUCAUCUUCCCAUUCAGUGUGUCUUCAGUUCCAAGGUUUUGUCUAUCAAUAUUAGUACUGUAAUACUACAUACUAGUGCCCAACACAUGCCAGGCACUAUUCUUUACAAUUUUAAAUCAUUUAAUCCAUACAGCGUCCCUGUGGGAUGAGGAAAUUGAGGCAUAAAAAAAUUAAGAAACCUGUUAUGGAUCCUGUAACUGGUAAAUUCUAAACAAAUGCCUGCUGAAUGCUCAGACUUCUCUGAGCAAUUUCUGUAAUCCUGUACCACAUUUCUUGAAUGUGAGGCUAUACCUCAGUUUAGCACAGAGCAUUCUUUUAUUGUAAAUUAAUAAAUUUAUUAUAAAUAAACAUUGA